AUGACGGCAGCCCCUAAGGUAUAUAAGCUGUUUGAGGGCACAAUAGUCCAUCAUUUGGCUUUUAGCUUUGCAAAAGAUGGAAAGGACAACGCAAAACCGCAGCUAGAUUCUCUCGUUGAUGCGAAGCAAUGGGAGCAAUUCGUCAAUACGGCACAAUCCAAGAUUAGAACAAGUAAGCAGUGUCUCGCUUCGCUUGUUAAGACAGCCCAAUAUUGGGGUAUGAAUAAGGUUCAACACUACGAGUGGGCUUCGAUGGGACUCAAGUACUGUGAUGUACUUGCAGCUGCUGCUUCUCGAAAUCCUGUCUGGGAAGACGCCCGGGUUAAGCUUAACCAGCUACUUUUGAGAAGGAUUACAGAAGGGCGUUUUCUAAGAAAGACAUUGAAUCCUUUCUACCUGGUCGACUUGGAGCACCUUAUUGCUUGGACAGGCAAAACCGACUUUGAAAGGAAAGGCCGCAGAGCAUACACUCUGAAGUAUGAGACAAUUGCCCAAUCUGAUCUGCCAGUUGACUAUGUACUUGACCGGUUCGGUGUCAUUGCGGCUGCAGCAUGUCAAUCUACUCCAUCAACAUUCACCGCGACGGAGCUUGAAGUCCCAUAUUAUCCGCACAAAGUUGCGAACAUAUUCACAAGAAGUGCAACAACCGUCUUGAAUAGCCAUCUUUCUCAGCGAUGUGCUCGAAACUGGAAAGUAUUGCGUCUGCUACUUGUGCAGGGUUGUUUUGUAUUGAUUAUGCUUUCUUUGUUUAUAUGCUAG